AUGGGAAGGGAAAGUAGUGAUCAACAACACACAGUCAUUCAUUCCUCUAUUGCAUUGUUGCAAGAGAGGUUUAGGCAAUUGGAGAGAAUGAAGGAGAUGAGAGAGGAGAGAGAGCUAAUGAGAAUGAUUUCGGAGUCUCAUGACCAACAACAAUAUUCUUCUAGUCCCACCAUGCAUUAUGAGCCGUCAUCAUCCAGCUUCUUCUUCCACUCUGAGUUGAUUCUUCCUCCUAGAGUAGUACCACCUGUCCAAGUUUCUCUCUCCCUUUGGCCAAACUCCCAGAGCAAAUGCAGCGAUUUCCGGGGCCUUGAUCAGACUGCAAUGAAGACAUGGCCCACUGACACCCCUUUGGUUCGAGCCUCGCCUGUCAAGAGUACUCAGGACUCUGAUUCUGAUGUUGAUACUUCUCUGCAUCUAUGA